AUGGGCGCUUGGGCGGCGCGGGGGGUCCCUGUCGCGCUGCUGACGCUGCUGGCUGCCGCCCUCGUCCUUGUUGGCUGCGAGGAAUCCAGCAGAGGGCAUUCUUACAACAGAGGGAAGCAGCAGUUGCGGCGUCUUCAACAAGUGACCCCACUCCUUGGGUUUGGGAGCGAUGCCCCCUGCGGACGAUUUCCAUUCAUGGUCUCUUUACAAGACCAAGACAGUGUCCACAAAUGCGGUGGAGUGCUGGUGCAUCCAGAAUGGAUCUUGACCGCAGCGCACUGCAUCGAUGCAAGCUCUCCAACAUCAAUCGGAGCAACACCGACCAUCGUCAUUGGGCCCUGCAAUCUUGACGGAGAUGAUGGCGAUCCAGUGGAGGAACCCCAGCCCGUGCGCACCUUCAUACCAGACAGUUGGACCGGCGACGUCCGGGAGGGGAGCGACAUCGCCCUGGUGCGCUUCAGGCCGCCCUCCAUCCACGUGCCCGUCGGCAUGCCCGUCAGCGGACACGCGGUGGACGGCGGCACGAGGCUGGUGGCCCUGGGCUGGGGAAAGCAGGAGGCGAGCAGCACGCGGGAUGAGAAACAGCUCCAGAUGGCGGACCCCAUGAACUUCGUGGAGGUCGCGGACUGCAACGGAGAGGACGCCAAUCAGUACGGCGGGUUCAUUGACGAUUCGAUGGUGUGCGCAUUUGGCCUCGAGGGGCAGCAGAUCUGCCAAGGUGACAGCGGUGGCCCCUUGCUGCAAGUGAACAGCAAAAAUUCCAAUAUUACAGCGGGCGCCCCCAACAGAGACCUCGUGGUGGGCAUAGCCUCUUUCACAGAGGACACCAAGUGCGGAGAGUCGAGCAAACCGGCCGUCUUCACGAAUGUUGCGAGCUUCCGAGACUGGAUCGAGAGCCACCUGGCGAUGUCAGAAACGGUACCUCCACCAGCAUCACCAUUCCCCCAGCCACCGCCGCCACAACUGCCAACGCCACCGCCACCGCCACCAUCACCACCGUCACCAGCACCUGCACCGGAUCCUAGACCUCCUGUGGGACAACCACCGUGCCCAUUCAGGAACGACUCCCGGCCAAGGGCCGUGGCGCUGACGAGCGGCGAUUUCCUCAUCGCCGCCCCCGAGGACGACUGCUGCCUGCUGUGCCUCACGACGCCUGGGUGCACCAGCUGGACUCGCGGCGAGACCAACGGCGAGUGUGUCUUGGAAUCGGACAGCGGUGUGCAGCCCAAGGCGCCGGCGCUCGCGCCAGCAGGAGCAGAGCCAACGGCCGUGACGCCGUCACCAGAAACAGCACCAGAGACGCCUCCUGAGCAGGCGCCGCCGCCCGUGCCGGUGGCGGCUGCAUCGCCACCCCCUGUCCCUUCGCCGACGCCGACGCCAACGCCGACGCCGACGCCCCCGCCACCAUCACCGUCACAGGUUGCAAUUGAUGCGAGCCUGUGGAACGCCGCCGGCGCCGGAGACGUCGACGCGGUGAGGGAAGCGCUGGCCGCCGGUGGCGACCCCGACAAGCUGCAGGGCAGAAACGAGAAGAUGACCGCCACGGCCAACGCGGCGCUGCACGGGCACCUCGAGAUCGUCUCGGUGCUGGUUGAGGCCGGUGCGGACGUGAACAUCCAGGGCGCACCGAUCGGCGCCACGCCCAUAUACCUCGCCUCGCUGGAGGGCCACGCCGACGUCGUGGACGUCCUCAUCGACGCCGACGCCAAUCUGGACGUUCAGACGCUCAAGGACGGCCGCACACCGCUGUCGUCGGCGUCUCAGAACGGCCACGCCCCUGUCGUCCAGGCCCUGGUAGUCGCGGGCGCGGACGUCGGGCUCGCAAUGACCGGCGGCAACGGCCUCACCCCCCUCAUGCUGGCCUCCUUCAUGGGCCACUCGGACAUUGUCCAGAUCCUGCUGCUGGCGGGGGCGGACCCCGACCAACAGAACGACGUUCUCGAGACGGCGCUGCACUUCGCUUCCAGGACGGUCGGGGCGGACAGCGAGCUGGUGGUGACUGACCUGUUGGACAACGGGGCGGACAUCGAUGUGGAGGAUUUGCUUGCGUCGUACACGCCGCUGGGGCGGGCGGCAUAUUACGGGAACGCCGGGACUGCCAGGGUGUUGGUUGAUCGAGGCGCAGACUUGAACAGGGGAGGGGCCACGCCCAGGGAGCUGAUAUGCGAGUGUCUGAGGCACGACGAGUGCACGCCGGGGGGGUGCGAUCAACCGGAAAUCGAGGAAACGAUGCUUGAUGUUUUGGGGGCUUAG